GUUGGUUUUCUCACUUCCGGUGCGGCCGAGAGAAGACCGGGAGUUGAGAAACGGGGUGGGGGGGAAGGGCGGCGUCGCUCGCACCGGCUGCCUCCGCGAGCCCGUUUGCCUCGCCUGGCGCAGCCCGGCCCGGGCUCCCAGCUUCUACUCCCGUAGGCCCCAACCCGGAAGUGCGAGUCGCAGCUUCCGGUCCGGUCCUCUCUGCCCCACUCUUCUUCCUCCUCCUCUUUCUGCCUUCCUCCCCUUCCCCUUCUCCUCCCCCCCCCCCGGAGCUGCUCUGUCAAAAUGGCGCCGCUGGACUUGGAUAAGUACGUCGAGAUAGCGCGGCUCUGCAAGUACCUGCCCGAGAACGAUCUCAAGCGGUUGUGUGACUACGUCUGUGACCUGCUCCUAGAAGAAUCAAACGUGCAGCCUGUUUCUACCCCCGUUACCGUCUGUGGUGACAUUCAUGGACAGUUUUAUGAUCUAUGUGAAUUAUUCAGAACUGGAGGUCAGGUGCCUGACACAAACUACAUAUUUAUGGGUGAUUUUGUAGACAGAGGCUAUUACAGUCUAGAGACAUUUACUUAUCUUCUUGCCCUGAAAGCAAAGUGGCCGGAUCGGAUCACGCUCUUGCGUGGGAAUCAUGAAAGCAGACAGAUAACCCAGGUCUACGGAUUUUAUGAUGAAUGCCAAACAAAAUACGGUAACGCAAACGCCUGGAGAUACUGCACUAAAGUCUUCGACAUGCUCACCGUAGCAGCGUUGAUAGAUGAACAGAUCCUCUGCGUGCACGGAGGUCUUUCUCCAGACAUCAAAACACUGGAUCAGAUCCGAACCAUCGAGCGCAACCAAGAGAUCCCUCACAAAGGCGCUUUCUGCGACCUCGUCUGGUCUGACCCAGAAGACGUGGACACCUGGGCCAUCAGCCCUCGUGGAGCUGGGUGGCUUUUUGGUGCUAAAGUUACCAAUGAGUUUGUCCACAUCAACAACUUAAAACUGAUCUGCCGGGCCCACCAGCUAGUCCACGAAGGCUAUAAAUUCAUGUUUGACGAGAAGCUGGUAACGGUCUGGUCAGCCCCAAACUACUGCUAUCGCUGCGGGAAUAUCGCCUCCAUCAUGGUCUUUAAAGACGUGAACACGAGAGAGCCGAAACUUUUCCGAGCUGUCCCAGAUUCCGAACGCGUCAUCCCUCCGAGAACAACCACACCGUAUUUCCUCUGAAAAUGCCGCUCAUGGCCCUCCCUCCCUUUGUGACAUACAUUCUAUUGAGCACUUUGCUGCUGAAAUGCUUCCCCCCCCUAUUUUUAAAUUAUCUAAGUGUAUAUGGUCUGUAGUGUUGCGUUUCUUAACCGCCCUUCUUCCUGUGCAUCUCCUCUUUAAGAUCGCUUUUGAAAUGUCCCACAAGCACUUAACUUGUCAUAUAUAUAUAUAUAUACGUCAUAUAUAUAUAUACAUCAUAUAUAUAUAUACGUCAUAUAUAUAUAUAUAUAUACGUCAUAUAUAUAUAUAUAUGACCUAUAUAUAUUUUUAGUGCUUUCGAUUUCAUAUUUUUGUUUUUAGGGAAAACCCUUCCCUUCAAAAUGAAAUCAAAUAAAAACAGAGCAAGACACAUCAGAGCUAGUCUAAUUCUCCUUUAUUUCGUUCAGGAGUUGGCGUUGGGAAUUUUUUGUGUUUGUUUCUUCUGGAUAAGGUUUUUAAGGAAUUUCAGCAGCAAAGUUGAAUUAAUGUGCAUAUUGGGACUUUGUAAGUCCAACUUCCAUGCAUAUCCUUAUGCAGUAAAGGUAGGCCAGCCUUGUUUAUAUUUUAAAUCAUAAAUAAGUGGUUUAGAAAACUGCCCCUUUUUUUCCCUUUCAGCUUUGUUUUUAUUUUUAGGAUUCCAAUUACCCAUUGCAGGUAUUUGAAUUUGUACAUUAAAAUAACUGUUCUGAUUUUUCUCAGAUCCCUUGUAUUUUUAAUAAAAGUGAUAAUCUUGAACCCCUGCCUCUAGGUUAAACUUGAAAAUAAAACUUUAUGUUGUUGUGAA